AUGUCUCAUACACCAGCCCCGUAUGAUUCUAGCUACUACCAAAGCCAAGCCUAUGGCAUUCGCCAGCGCAAGGCCGCACGAGCACAGCAGGCUUGCGAUCAAUGCCGAGCGAGGAAAGCAAAGUGCGAUGAAGGUCGACCGUCAUGUAGUCAUUGCAAGGAAAACAACUUGAACUGCGUUUACAAAGAAGUCCCUCCGCACAAACAAGAAAAGGCGACCCAGCUCUUAUUAGAUCGAUUGCAGUCAUUCCAAGACGCUAUAUUAGACAGAUUCGAUCGUUUAGACCAGCUAAAUACGGAGCACGGGAACAAUUUCAACUCCAUCCUGGCGAAGAUAGACGCCAAGUCCGCAUCUAAGGAACCACGGAAACCGGCAGUCCCGCAAUUGGCAAAGAAGGACAUAAUCGAUAUCCAGGAAUCAAAAGCCAAGGAUGAGAAUAUUGCUACAAUGCAGGAGCAGAUACCAGAACCAAGUGAAACGACCACAGAGCAAGUUGUUCCUUCUGGUGAGGAUGCAUACAACAGCGGCCCACAAAUUGCUGUUGUGGCCUUCAAUUCGGAAUCUUCUUCGUCCAAGAGAAUAUGA